GCCAUGAGAAUGCUGCUGCUCUGGGGGUCUCUGCUGUGCUGGGGGCUGCUGCCCCAGGCCCGAGGGGAGGCCCAGCACCUGCUCUGCCUACGGAUCAGCAAGAGUCAAUUGGAAACAGACAUUUCAGACCUGCUUUUCCAGAGCCACAUCCUGGACCACGUGACCAGGUUGCCCGUGUCGGAGGCCACAGGCGAAGACUUCGCCGUCCUGGACUACCUGCCCUUCGUCGGAAAGCGCCUCUCCAAGAAGAGCAGUGGGCUUGACCUGUCUCUCGUUGGCGAGCUGCUCCUGGGGGAGGACAUCCUGCCGCUGAAGACGCUGAUCGGGUCUGGCGGGUUGGUCAUAGAAGAUGCCAAAGGACCGGAGGUCAGCCUGCAAAUCCUGAGCGACAGCCUGCUGCAGGUCACGUUGCGCAGCAAACUGUAUCUCUCGCUGCAGGGGAUAAUGCAGUUCAAAGUCAUCAAGAACAUCCGCAUCGGGGUACGGCUAGAACAGACAGGGAACAAGACCAAGGUGGCCUUUGAAGAGUGCCACAUCCCACCAGGAUACCUGAGCAUCGAGGUGCUGAAGCAGAUGAACCCCCUCCUGGUGCAAGAAGCUCUGAAGUUGGUGACCAGCAUGCUGGAUGAGGUGUUGCCCUUCCUCCUGCAGAAGACUGUGUGCCCCCUGGCCACGACCCUGGUCAACGCCCUGCUGAACGACCUGUUGCACAUAAUUCUGCCCCCGAACACCACGGGCACAGAGGACUUCCAGUACUACGUCACCUCCACGGAGUUCACGGAGGAGGCCAUCCUGAUGAAAGUGCAGCUUGUUACGCCCUGCCGCCCAGGCCAGAGAGCCGCAAGGCCCAACCACCUGGUCCCCCACUCCCUCCCAAAGUUAACCUCAGACAGCAUGGCGGACCUGGUCUUUGAGCUGAAAGUCUACAACAACAUCCUGGCCUGCCUCUACAGGAGCAAAGUGAUUGGCGUGGACCCCCGGGACCCUGCGGCUGCCCACCUCAUUUGGCUGUUGUCACGGAGAGAGCUGGGACCGGAUCCCCAGGCUUCUUAUCAGUCCAGGGCAAGCGUGCGACUGACCAUCAGCACCCCUGACCCUCCCACCGUCCACCUCGAUGGCCACAAGGCCACGGUCACUCAGCUGGGCUCACUGGUGCUGCUGGGGCCCAGCAACUCAUCCUCCAUUGCCAUUUCCUGGAUACUCCAUUCAGAAGCUGUGUUUUCCUCAAGAGAUGGGAAAUUAAACAUCCAGUUCAGUCCAGACAGGCUGCCCUGCAGAGAUGUGGAGGCAGUCAUUGCAACCUGGGGUGAAGGAGUCUCUUUUUCAUGCCCUUCCACCUUCCCUAGUCCCUUCCCUAAUCUGGUCAUCUGGCUCCAAUGUCCUUUAAAAGUGCAGUCCCCAGGACUUCUCCUGAUCCCCUGUGGGCAUCUAUACACAUUCUUGUGGUUGGAAUCUGCUGACCCAGCUGAAGUGACCUUCCCGUUUCUCUUUCAUCGGUGGCAGGCACAACAUCUGCAGCCCCCUGUCUCUGCGCUUCUGCAAAGGAUUUUUGUGCCCCUGCAUAAUGAACGGCUCAGAGGACAGAGUCUCCCGCUGCCCGACAUAAAAGGCAUCUCCUUCGACCAGAGUAGAAUGCUCUCCUCUGAGGAUUACAUGCUGCUGACCAUUCCAGAAUAG